AUGGGGCUAUCACGGGCAUCCUGCUCGCAGGAGGUGGAUGCCGAAAAACACCGUACUACAUGUCUGGCAGAAGAAUUGAAAUCUCAGGCAGGGAAAGCUGGCAAGAGGUUGCAGACGGCCGCAAUUGUGGAAGAGUCAUUGAGAAGGAAGAUGCAAGAAUUGGAGACAGAAAUUCGAGAACAGUUGGCAGAAGCAGACAUGUUGCUAGAACACACUGGAAUGAGGCGAAGAGGAGCAGUCCCAGCGCGCCACUCUGAGGGGAGGAGCCAACUCCUCCCACUACCACCGCCCCAUCAUGGGGGAGGGGGGCGUGGAGGGCAGCACAGCACCCGCCUCUAUCCGACACUGCACGGCUUGCCAGCAGCGCCACCUGCCAUGGUGGAGGCUUCUGGAAGUGCAGUGGACAUCUCUGACACUAUUGAGCUGGGAGGCAGUUUCAUCACACACUAUCCGGCUAUUGGAGGUCUGUUUGAGCCAAUGAACAGCACCCCACCUGGCGGGUACCAACAGCCGACAGGGAGAGGCCCCUGCUUCCAACAAUCUACAGCUGAUGCUCAAGCCAGCAUGGGCCUAGCAACAGGGCCAGGCCUCUACACUUCAUAUGUGACCCACUACCAACAACCUGCUCAACCCCAGCAGGGCCAAUUUCACCCACUGGCCACUGCUACAGCUCCCACUCCAACACCAUCCAUGCUGUUACCAGCGCCACCUGCAACCAAUCCCCAAUACCUGUCGCCCGAACAAGCCAACCAAGCACCGGCGAAUGAUGACGCAACUGCUGUCCCCGUGACUGACGCCCCAUCCACAUCUGAUGCAAGCCAGGGAGCGGCUGCUCCCGUAAUUAAGCCCAAGACCAAGAGGCGCAGACCACCAGCAGAGGGAUGGGAUGUCUGGGAUGAAUCAGCUGAUGAGGCCCUCAUAUGCCCAGUACGCACAGUAGCCAACGCUGAUGGUGUGUCUGUGUUCUACCAACCAGCAAAGGGCGACAAAAUCCAGAAGUGGUCCGCCGCCAUACAACACCCUUGGGAUGCCGGACGGCAUACCUGGACGAAGAAAAAAGAACUCAAGGAGAUGAGAGACCUGCACCCUUUUGACGCAUUGAAGAUCCUACAUCGUUACGUUACUGCUUUGCUUGAAGGCAACUACCAAAAGACCUGGCAGUCGUAAAAGUGAAAGCACACACAAGGCAAGACACCCUUGAGGCAAGAGGCAAUGCAUUGGCGGAUGCGGCGUCAAGAACAGCCGCAAG